GAAAGAAUCAAGAUUCUCCAUCACGAAUUCAGCCACAGAUGGAAGGAAGACUAUCUCAAAGAUCUCCAUAAGAGAUAUCGCUGGAAAACGGCCCAGAAGGAAGCCAAGGCAGGAGAAUGCGUAAUCAUACAGGACGAAUGCCUUCCUCCAACAGAAUGGCGACUAGGCCGCAUUGAAAAGGUUCAUCGAGGAUCAGAUGGUCACAUAAGAGUAGUCGAUGUGCGAACACAAACCGGCAUAUUAACUCGACCAGUCACCAAACUGUGUUUUCUUCCAAACAGCGAAGAACACCUUCAAACUAAACCGCAAAAUAACUCGCAAAAUUAAUCGAAAAAUAAUAAAUCAAUUCCGCUAAUUCGAAAUUAACACGCGUUAUAAUCCGUACACAAACAAAAAAUAAAUUCAAACAAGCGCGUUGAAGACCAACUUAUUAUACAUAUACAUAUGUAUAGAUAUGUAGCUACAACAACUACAUUCUAAUAUUAUAAACAAAAUCAAUUUAAUUACAAUUUUAUAUUCCCAUAGAAAUGGACGUAGAGGAGACCCAAACCACCUCCAACACCGUAAGGUCCGAAAUCGCUAUACCCAAAGCGUCGGCUGCACCCGUUGCCGCUCCAAGGACCAGGGUUAUGCGACCACCGCCAUCCGCCGAAGCAGUCAGGGAGAUGAGAGAAGAGCAGCUAUUGGAGCCACAGGGGCAUCCAUGUUGCAGCCUGUGCCAUCGCCCACACGCCCUGAAACGAUGCUCCAUUUUUAAGAGCAUGAAGCCCGCUCAAAGAAAACAGGUUGCAAGAGCCCAUGGGCAUUGCAUGACCUGCCUGGCAGAUGACCACGCCACCAUAGAGUGCUGGGCCGACGGCGCCUGUCAAUAUUGCCAGAGGCCCCAUCACACUCUAUUCCAUCGUUUUCCGCGCCGAGCCAAUCCGUCGGAAAGUAGCACCAACACACGUACCAGACCACGCAGUGAUGCUAUCCGGCGUCGACGAAGCAGCCAAUCAGCCACAACACGUAGACGGCCAUCUCCGCCACGCCACACUCAUCGUCAGCAACAACAACGCUCAACAGGGUUGAGCGCUGUACUAAACACAUUGCAACAGCUGCAGAGGCUCCUAGCCGAUUAACUCGCC